GCUCAUCUUCAUCGACGCCGUGUGGAGAAGAUGCUGCAGCGCUGCGAGAAGACGAUGUUGUCCGGCCUGCUGGGCCUCCUCGUUCUGGCCCUCGCCUGCUCAGCCGCGAGCUCGUCUACAGGGGCCACCACGGCCCCCCCGUACACCACGGCCGCCUUGCGGGACAACCGCAUGCUGUCCCCGACCGACUCGUCCCAGUACUCCAUGUCCAACAACCUGAUCUGCGACAUGCUGUUCAACGCGCCCGUGCCCCCGUCCAUCGACCAGAUCCCCUUCUUCUGCAUCUGCUCCUACUGCAAAGGAACCGUGGGCUCCAAGGGGGACCACGGAGACCGGGGCCCCCCAGGUGAACCUGGCAGCGCGGGGCCGCGGGGCUUCAUGGGCUUCAAGGGCUACCGAGGAUUCACCGGACCUCAGGGGAUCAAAGGUGAGAAAGGAGACUUCGGGGAGAAAGGCGGUCCUGGUGUCGCCGGGUUCAGUGGAACGAAGGGCGAGCGAGGAUUCAAAGGUGAGAAAGGAGACCAAGGUCUGAAUGGACCUCCAGGUGACCAAGGACCUCAGGGAAUGAUGGGCUCAUGUCCUGGCUCCUGUGACACCAUUCCAGGCCCACCAGGACCACAGGGAGUACCUGGGCCGGCGGGAGCCCGGGGUCUUCCGGGGGUGGCAGGAUCUAAUGGUACCCUGGGUGGUAAAGGUGAUAAGGGUGACAUGGGUGUGGCAGGUGUGCCAGGUUUACCUGGUCUAAAAGGCGAUCAGGGUCUGCAGGGCAUCUGUUCGUGCAAGGACGGAGCAGACGGGCUGCCAGGAGCCAAGGGAGCCAAAGGAGACAAAGGUGACCAAGGUAUUCAGGGUAUACAGGGUGUUACAGGGCUGAAAGGUGACCAAGGCCUGGCUGGUGUCACUGGCCCGACUGGUCCCUGUACCCCGGCCAUUAAGUCAUCAUUCUCCGCAUCCCUCAACCAGUCAUACCCCACCCCAUUCUGGCCCAUAACUUUCCAGAACAUCUUGACCAACCUGCAGGGCCACUUCAACAGCCCAAUGAGCGGCAUCUACUCCGCCCCCAUCAACGGCACCUACGUCUUCUCCUUUCACCUCAAGGUUGGAGACAGGCCCCUUAAAGUCGGCCUCUACAAGAACUUCUACCCCGUGAUCAAAGUGUCCGACUCAACCCCCGGAGUCACCGUCAGCCAGACCAUCGUCCUCCAGCUUGCCAUGGGGGACAUGAUCUGGCUGCAGGUGAAGGACAGCACCACCAACGGUGUGUUCACUGACAGCGAGUCCACCAGCACCUUCUCCGGUUUCCUGAUGACCCCUGACUCCUGCACCCUGCCCUCUGGCAGCAGAAGUCUCGUUAGCCCGACUGCAUCCGCCCCUCCUUUUCCUCACCCAUAUAAUUAGGCUCCACCCAGUUCAUGGGUCUAAGGUGGAGCCAAUCAGCUUCUUAGUGUGUGCACGUUUUAAAGGAGGGGUAUUUGUCCAGAUGGAUGCAAAAUCCAAUUUGUUCAAAAAUAAUUCAGCUAAUCCGACUAAUCCAAUUCAGUCAUCGUGUCUUUUUGUUGAUGAACUCGGAUUUUCAUACAAAAAAUAAAACUAGAGGAAAAGGGGCCAAAAUAAAAAAAAAUAUUUCAA